CCAUUAAACAAUAUGAUAUAUUUAUUGUGAAUGAAAAAGAUGGCUUAACAUCAGAGGUACAGUGCGUACAGGCAUGGUUAUGAUGUUGUCAUCUCGGUCGUAAAUCAUGUAUGUAAUUUUCUGAGUCUGGAGAUAUAUGAGUCUACAGUAUCAAAACUUAUUUUGUUUUAAAAUUUCAGGUAAUAAAGACCAUGGCUCUUAACAAGUUUAUGCACCCAAGAAACAUCUACAAGAAGCCCCCAGACUUCAAACAGUUGGCUGUUGAUUGGCCAGAGUUCAGGAAACAUGUGACUCAAGAGCUGAAUGGGAAAGUCACGCUAGACUUUAAAAAUGCUGAUGCUCUUCGCUGUUUGACUAAGAUUUUGUUGAAGAAAGACUUUGGACUGGACGUAGAUAUGCCUCUUGAUCGCCUAAUUCCCACCAUCCCUCAGAGGGUUAAUUAUAUUCUGUGGCUGGAGGACGUCCUGCACGAGUCCAAGCUGGAAAGUGGUCAACCAGUAAGAGGAAUUGACAUAGGAAGUGGGGCUUCCUGUGUUUACCCUCUCCUCGGUUGUAAGAUGAACAAUUGGCAUUUCCUGGCAACUGAGGUGGAUGAAGAAAAUCUGGUCUACGCUCGUCAAAAUGUUGAAAAAAACAGAUUUUCUGAGAUGAUAACAGUUCAGAAAGUGUCACCUGAAUCUGUACUUGCUGGUGUGGUGACGGAGACCUCAGCGCCAUUUGAUUUCUGUAUGUGUAACCCACCGUUCUUUGCGGACCACAUGGAAGCACAGGGUCUGACGUCCCGCAGUGAUGAUCGCCCUGACCCCCGCUCAUCCAGCAUGGCCAGCUGUGUGGAGCAGAUCGCAGAUGGCGGAGAGGUCGCAUUUGUGAAAAAAAUGAUCUACGAAAGCCUUGAACUUAAAGAUAAAAUCAGGAUAUUCACCAGCAUGCUUGGUAAAAAAUCCAGUUUAGUUCCGUUGAAAAAUGAGCUGAGACUUCUUAAGGUUCCAAAGUUCAGUAGUACAGAGUUCUGUCAGGGUAAAACGAUGAGGUGGGGGAUAGGCUGGUCAUAUGAUGAGACAGUUGUCUUCCCUAAAUCACUGUUCCAAGAAAAAAAGAAGGACAAGCCACCACUGGUUUAUGUGAUUCCGGAAACUGGCCCAUGGCAGAGUUACAGUGUGGAGAGUGUGACACAGGUCAUCACCAAACAUCUACAGCAGCUUCAGGUGAGUGCUGGGAGAUUUCUGUUGUCAAGUGGAGGAGUUAGUGUGGAGAGUGUGACAGAAGUCAUCACCGAACAUCUACAGCAGCUUCAGAUCAAGUGUAAAAAGCGCAAGUCAAACAAGCAGUUUCAGCGCCUAGCAUUGUGUGCAGUAGAAAACACUUGGAGCAACCAAAGAAGGAAACGAAGAGCACUGAGAAAACAGACGAUGGAGCCAAGUAAGGGAAAACCAGGGGAGAUAGCUCAGACAGAGGGAGACAAUUCUUCAAUCCAGUGUAAAACGGAUCAAAAUUUGUCAGCUUCCAUCAGUGCAGAAGGUACCUCUGAAUAUGUGCAGGUGAAGGAGGACGCUGGGACCUCAAUAAAUGAUAACGGGAAGAGAAAACUUGAAAAUGAUGAUUGUCAUGAGGCUCAGAAUGGGAAUAAAACACUGUGUGUCAAUGACAAAAUUGCUACUGAGGGAAUAAGCAAUGAUGAACAAAACCUUGAUACAAAGACAAAACCUGACGAGCAAACGGCUGCAAAAUCUGCAGACAUUAACACCUCUGAAAAGAGUGACAUGAACAGCAGAACCAAGGAGGCCUUCUUGUUCAAGUGCCUGCUUGACAUACGACAGGGAGAGAGUGGUGAAAUCAGCCUGGAGAUGUCCUGGCUUGAGGGAGAAAACAGGGAGUCCAUGCAUCAGGUCAUGCAGUAUCUCAAAAAUCAGCUGAAUCAUAAGGCUUAAAUAUGCCAUUUUUUUCAUUAUUUAUAAAGUGUCAAUGUCAGCAUUUCCGUUUCACUAUGCAGUCUAGCCUGGAAAUAAGCUGCAGUACAAGGACAUUGCUGUGCACCCAAUGGUAUUUUGGAAGAGACAGAUUGUUUAGAUGCAGGACAAAACCCCCCAUGUAAACAACAUUGUAACAUUUUACUAAAAUGGAUAGAUGGAAAUCUUUCCAAUUAUACCUUUACAUCAACUUGAAAAUUAUUUCCAUGCAUAUAGAAUGUAUAGUAUCACAUCAUAUGAUCGCUGCAUGGCUGGUUGUAAAAAGUGUCCAAAAAAACAUCUUCUGUUGUUAUAUAUGCCGUAGUAUUUGUGAACUGGCCCUUUGCACGCUUUAUAAACGUAAUUAAAAUAUUCAGAAACAGUGACAUAUUACAGAAAAGACCAAAACGAUGCACCACUUGGACUGACUUGUCUUAGACGAAAUGUGUUUACCCUUGUGUUGUCUGUGAUUAGGUAUGUUGACGUCUGAUCUGCUUCUCUUGUUAUACUUCUGUUAUACAAAUACUUUUGAUAAGACUGAUAUAAAUUGUCAAAUAAAUUACCGGGAUAUUGAAUAGUGAACUGUUUCCACCACAAUGAUUCACCUUGAUAACAUACAAAGUCACUGCUCUGCAAUCCUGUACGCAUACGAUAAACAGCCCUAGUUGUGACAGUAUGGUAAUUUUGGCCUUACAGAUGUAAUGGCGAGAUCUUAGCACUCACUAAGUAGAGAAUAAUGCAUGUAUCUACAUGUGUAUGGCUGUCAAUCAGUCUACUUUAUAUUGGCUUAGCGGGCAAUAUUUAAACGUAUCACACGACUUCAUGCAGCUUUACGAACUUCUCAGUCCGGUGUGUUAUCGGUGUUCUGAAGGUACAUAUUGUAUUAGAGACUCUCGAGGUUUGUUACCGUCAUUUUUGUGUGCGUGGUAUCAUUAUGUAUGCGUGCCUGUAUUAUGUCAUACAUAAAAUCACAUCAUGCAAAUUAAACAGAGGAUGUCAUUUCAUUUGAUAGAUAUUAUGUAAUGCAGGGUGUUAAAUGUACUUUGUUGAUGGACAGGAUCCAUUCAUGAUUUAAAAAAAAAACUUUGUUAUAUUUGUUGUUU